AGCGACGAGGAGUUGCGCGCGCGCGCGGGGAUGUUUGCACGGAUUCGGCCACAACAACGAGCCUGCCCUGAGCAGACCCUUUCUUGAAGAGAAAGUGGCGGCGAUUCUGUCUGCUUUGAGCAAUUUCCUGAGUCUAAGAAUAGCCCCGCGCUGCAGGCCGGUCGGGCUGCGCUGCUUUCCAAGUGUAAAACCCUCCGCCUUGGAUACCGGAUCGUUCCGUGGUUCCUUGGAGCAGAGAGAUGCCUGGUUACUUUUGAUUUUACUUUUUCUUCUGUCUCUUUGCUUAAAAACAAGACUGCAUUCCAGCUGAACAGGGAGCCCGUUCGCCGAGCCUGCGGCAAUCCCGGAGGAAAGCGAGCAAGCAAACCAGGAGCAACUUGGCUUUCCGCGUUGUGCUGCUCCCGCCCCGCUUUAUUUAGGGGCGGGAGGGGCAAGAAGGGCGUUUGUUGUUGUUGCCGCUGCGUUUUACUCCCUUGCAGCGCCCGGCUGUGCCGGCGCCGAGGGGCUGGAGCCUCCAUGGGCUGGGGGCGGCUGGGCGCGCUGCUGCUGCUGCUGCCGCUGCACAUGCUGGGCCUGGCGCUGCGCGCCGCCGCGCGCCUCGUGCGCCCGCCCGCGCGGCGCGACCUGGCCGCCGAGAGCGUCCUCAUCACGGGCGGCGGCCGCGGCAUCGGCCGCCACCUCGCCAGGGAGUUCGCCCGCCGCCGGGCCAGGAAGAUCAUCCUGUGGGGUCGAACUGAGAAAUGCCUGAAAGAGACUGCGGAGGAAAUCAAGAUGAUGGGGACCGAGUGCCACUACUUCAUUUGUGACGUAGGAAACCGUGAGGAGGUUUAUCGGCAAGCCAAAGCUGUGCGGGAGAAGGUGGGUGAUAUCACUAUCCUAGUGAACAACGCUGCCGUGGUCCACGGUAAGAGCCUCAUGGACAGCGAUGAUGAUGCACUGCUCAAAUCACAACAUAUAAACACAUUGGGACAGUUCUGGACCACCAAAGCAUUCCUGCCAAGGAUGCUGGAGCUGCAGAAUGGACACAUUGUUUGCUUGAACUCUGUCCUGGCCUUGUCAGCCAUCCCUGGUGCCAUUGACUAUUGCACCUCCAAAGCCUCUUCCUUUGCCUUUAUGGAGAGCCUGACCUUGGGCUUGCUAGACUGUCCUGGAGUGAAUGCCACAACAGUYCUGCCCUUCCACACAAGCACAGAGAUGUUUCAGGGCAUGAGAAUCAGGUUCCCUAACCUUUUUCCUCCUCUCAAGCCAGAGACUGUGGCUAGGAGGACAGUGGAAGCUGUUCAGAUGAACCAAGCCUUCCUCCUCCUUCCAUGGACAAUGCGUGUGCUCGUCAUCCUAAAAAGCAUUCUUCCUCAGGCAGCACUUGAAGAAAUCCACAAGUUUUCUGGAAGCUAUACGUGCAUGAACACUUUUAAAGGACGAACAUAGGCUUGAUGGUGCAAGGACUGUUCCCAGUGAAGCCAACACAAGCAUGAGAAUCCUGUCAAGACUCUGAAUCAGCCGUCUUGGCUUUUAGCCUGCUCAUGUGGCUUGUGCUGCUCUAAGGCAACACAUUUCUUGCAGGUCAUAACCAUAGUAACGUGACCUUUGCACAGGACUGAAUGACUAGACUGUGGACCUUUGGAAAGAAAAACAAGAAGGGUGAAAUGUUUAUUUGGUGUUUAAUUCUUUAGAGUCCAUUGUUAAAUCUACUCACAGUUUUAAGAUGUAAUUUUUGUUUAUAAAAUAUGUAUAGGGUAUUUCAGCUGAGAGCAGAGUAUCAUAUCCUGGACUUUACCCAUCUCUUCAAAGGAACUGCAGUUACUAACUGAUAGUGAUUUCUUUCCUGCUUUUUAAUGAAGGAGAAAAAAAAAAAAAACUUUGAAGAACUACAAAUUAUGGACAUUUAGUGGAAGCUUCCUUCACUCACUGGUCAUGUUUUUCAUUCACUGAUGAAGCUGUUCCAAACUCAUGUCAUAGGGAAGGGGCAAAGUGCUGUUACCUUUAAUAAAGGCCAUUCAGUCCAGGGCCCAGAGAACUGACUGCACCUGUGAAGGCUGGAUGGGAAUGCUCAGUCAGAGAAGAGCAGACAAUUGGAAUCAGGGAAGAUUCAGAUUCCUUCUGGCACUCAUAUAUAAAUUUUAAUUGUCUUUCUGAAUAUUUUUGUCCAUUUAUGAAGAUAUAUAUAUGAUAAUAUAUAAGCAUUACUCUGUAGACUGGCACACACAUGUAGGCAUCAAAUUGGGGAUAAACAAAAUCUAGAGCCUGCUUAUGCAAACAUACAUUCCCUGGUGUAAUUCAUACAGAAGAAAAUUCCUUGUAUCAAUCCUCACAGUGAAAUAAGUGAAAUAAUGCUCUAAAAAGAGGAGAGAAGCGCUCUAGUGCUCAUGGAGUGUGAAGUUUGCAAAGACCCGAUUAAAUGCACAUUGAAUUUGACUGGGAAUAUACCUGUUAUUUUUUAGGGAGUCAAAUCACCGGCUAAAAGCGAUAAAUACUGCUUGGGCUGAAAUGCCAGAAGCAGCUAGACCUUAUUUAUU